GUCCUUCCUUUCAGUCUUGUAAUCCGUCUGCGUAGGGUGUGCUCCGGAGCUAGUCUCGGGACACUUUUUAUUAUUAUGAAACAAACCUAAAGCUAGAGAGCACACGCAGACAUAUUUUUAUAAGAAAAAUAAGAAUCGGUGAAGCAGGAUUUGAUUUGCCAACCCCAAAACGCGAAAAAGACGCUACCUUCAAAAAGAACGAGCAUCGGAACGUCGCUAGUAGGCUACGUAGCUAGCAUCAUUGUUGAAAGCGUUCAAAAUUAAUGUUAGCUGGUAACGUUCGUCCUCACUGUCUUUAGGAUUGUGUUUCUUAUGCUGUAUUAAGAUUAUCUGUUAUCCUUAAUCUGCCGGUACUUAAGGCCUUUUAGUCAUUUAAAGCGCUGAAAUUCCGAAGCCUUUAGGUGAGCCAUAUCGGGUAGGCCACGCGUCGACAUUUUGCUUAUCAGGCUGAGCAGCACACGUUGUUGGCUGGUAAAUUGUGUCUGCCCUAAUUUGUGUUGAAACAAUAGAGAAACAGCCUAUCGUUAUUUAAGUUAUUCGCCUCUAUAAAACCGAGUCCAGUUGUUUUCCACUAGACGAGUCAGCGGUCGCAGACAUGAAUCCCAGCGCGCCCAGCUACCCAAUGGCCUCCCUGUACGUGGGAGACCUGCAUCCAGAUGUUACCGAGGCCAUGCUUUACGAGAAAUUCAGCCCGGCCGGACCCAUCCUCUCCAUUAGGGUGUGCAGAGACAUGAUCACCCGCCGGUCUCUUGGCUAUGCAUAUGUUAACUUCCAACAACCAGCUGAUGCUGAGCGAGCCUUGGACACCAUGAACUUUGAUGUGAUCAAGGGAAGGCCUCUCCGCAUCAUGUGGUCCCAGCGUGACCCCUCCUUGAGAAAGAGUGGAGUGGGAAACAUCUUCAUCAAGAACCUCGACAAGUCUAUUGAUAAUAAGGCCCUCUAUGACACCUUUUCUGCUUUUGGAAACAUCCUUUCCUGCAAGGUGGUUUGUGAUGAAAAUGGCUCUAAGGGCUACGGCUUUGUGCACUUUGAGACCCACGAGGCAGCUGAGCGUGCCAUUGAAAAAAUGAACGGCAUGUUGCUCAAUGACAGAAAAGUCUUUGUGGGACGCUUCAAGUCACGUAAAGAGAGGGAGGCUGAGCUCGGGGCACGUGCCAGGGAGUUCACCAACGUUUACAUCAAGAACUUUGGCGAGGACAUGGAUGAUGAGAAGCUCAAAGAGUUGUUUGGCAAAUAUGGACCUGCUCUAAGUGUGCGUGUAAUGACGGAUGAGGGCGGCAAAUCCAAGGGGUUUGGCUUCGUUAGUUUCGAGAGACAUGAAGAUGCACAGAAGGCAGUGGAUGACAUGAAUGGCAAAGAACUGAAUGGCAGACAAGUGUAUGUGGGCCGGGCACAGAAGAAAGGGGAGCGUCAGAAUGAACUCAAACGCAAGUUUGAGCAGAUGAAACAGGAUCGCAUGACCAGAUAUCAGGGUGUCAAUCUGUAUGUGAAAAACUUGGAUGACGGCCUGGAUGAUGAGCGUCUGCGCAAAGAGUUCUCUCCAUUUGGAACCAUCACAAGUGCAAAGGUGAUGAUGGAGGGUGGCCGCAGCAAAGGCUUUGGCUUUGUGUGCUUCUCUUCACCGGAGGAGGCUACGAAAGCAGUGACAGAAAUGAAUGGACGUAUUGUGGCUACAAAGCCUCUGUAUGUAGCCCUGGCUCAGAGAAAGGAGGAGCGUCAGGCCCACCUAACCAACCAGUACAUGCAGAGGAUGGCCACAGUUCGUGCCGUUCCCAACCCUGUCCUCAACCCCUACCAGCCCGCUCCUCCUUCAGGCUACUUCAUGGCUGCUAUACCACAGGCUCAGAACCGUCCUGCGUAUUACUCUGCCAAUCAGUUGGCUCAGCUCCGCCCCAGUCCCCGUUGGGCCACUCAGGGGGUGCGUCCUCAGCACUUCCAGAACAUGCCAAAUGCUAUGCGUCCAUCAGCACCCAGGCCCCAGACUUUCAACACCAUCCGGGCUACCACAACCACCAACACCCAGGUCCCACGGAUGAUUGCUUCCCAGCGCAUGCCGAAUCAAGCGCUCAGCCAGCGCCCGGCUGGUGCUGCAGCCGCCGCCGCCCCGGUGCGUGCCAUGCCUCAGUACAAGUACGCUCCUGGUGUGCGCAAUCCUCAACAGCAUAUGGCAUCCCAGCCACAGGUCACCAUGCAGCAACCGGCAGUUCAUGUCCAAGGCCAGGAGCCCCUGACUGCCUCCAUGCUGGCUGCUGCACCUCCUCAGGAACAGAAGCAGAUGCUGGGUGAGCGUCUGUUCCCCCUGAUCCAGAACAUGCAUCCCAGCCUGGCAGGAAAGAUCACUGGUAUGCUCCUGGAGAUCGAUAACUCAGAGUUGCUUCACAUGCUUGAGUCACCCGAGUCCCUGCGCUCCAAGGUGGAUGAGGCUGUUGCUGUGCUCCAGGCCCACCAGGCCAAAGAGGCUGCUCAGAAGUCUACCACCCCUGCUGGUGUUCCCAGCGUCUAAGAUUGAGCAUUUUGAAACCUGCUUCACCGAUGGAAAAAGAAAAAAAAACAAACAUCGAAAAACCCAAAACUCUGAAAACAUCGUAAAAUGAUAAAUUAUUUCUUAAAAAAAGCCAAACGAUUGACUCCGCCAGGUCUAGGGAUGGUUUGACUAGACCUUGAUCAUAAAUAAAAAAAAUUUGUUUAAAAAAAAGCAAAAUAUAGAAAAUUGAAAAUGAUAAAUUUGAAUGCAUUCCUCUGUUUUAUGUCAUUUUAUUGUGUCAGUGCUCAGAGCAUCAGUCAUGUUCAGGUAAACUAUUGCUGAGCAUGUUGAAGGGUGAUCUUUGAACUACUGGCUGAAAUAAAUUCAUUCCAAAAUA